AAUUUAGAUGAGCUUUUGGAACAGAUUAAUGUCAUUAAUGCCAACAUUUAUGUUGUUUGGCGUGCUAAUAUUUACAUAUAGCAUUUAUUACAUUGUAAAUUAUUCUAUUUCAUGUAGACCAACCUAAAACCCAAUUUUAAUGGGUAUACUUAUGAGAUCAUUAUAUUGCAUUGUAUUAUCAUUUUAUUCAUGGUAUCAAUGUUUAGGGCGAUGUUUCUGUAGCCAGGAAUAAUUUCAACGGUUUUCUAUUUUCUUAUUUUAGGAAACAAUUGAUGAAACUUGGAAGUAAUGGGAAAUAUUUAAACAAUAAGAAAAAGAUAGAUUAACAGAGGAAAAAUAGAGGAGAAGUUAAAAAUCUGUAAAAACAUUCAAAACAGAGAAUGAUGAAGAUAGAAGUGUUGUUAAUCUGGAUGCAGAAGAAAUCAUUGAAGAAGAAGACAAUGCAAAUAAAGAUCAGAAUCAAAAGGCUGUGUAAAAAAGAUUUUGCAAAAAAUGUUGCAUUCCUAAACCACCAAGAGCACAUCAUUGUUCAUAAUGCAAUACUUGUUGGUAGAGAAUGGAUCAUCAUUGCCAAUGGAUAAAUAAUUGUGUUGCCAGAGAUAAUUAUAAGAUGUUUUUCUGUAUGAUUUUUUAUGCAAGUAAGAUUAAAUUCAUUUAGAAGUAGAGGCGCUCUUUUAGUUUGGGUCACUAUUUCUUAAUAUCAAGUCUUUGAGCAAGUAAUUCAUUAUGAUGCUUCCGAUUUAGAACUCUAUAUUAUAGUGCUUCACUUUUAUUUUGUAUGCUUUCUUGCUGUCUUGAUAUCAGGUUUUUUUAUAUUUCAUGUUUAUCUUACAUCAUAAAAUAAAACAACACUUGAACAACUUGAAGAUAAACCAGAUGUAUUUAUGAGUAUUUAUUAUAAGAAAACAAAAUAUGAUCAAGGAAUCUGGCUCAAUUUUUAAAGUGCCUUGGGAUCCAACAUAUUGUUCUGGUUGAUACCAAUUUGA